GAAGGGUGGGGAUUGGGACCGCCGAUAACGAUCGCUCACGUCCACGGAAUACAGUCCGGCGUCAGUUCCCCUUGAUGGACGAGUGAUGAUGUGCAACAAGAGUGAGGAGCCAUCGGACUGGGAAACCGACGGGGGGGAUCGUUGGUCUCCACAUCUCUGAGGGGGAAAGGUAUAAAUCGUAGGAAAAGCCGUGCAACUGUCGUACGCACGUAAGUUUCCACACCGGACAUUCCUCGUUGUCGUGCACACGAUGAGACUCAAUCGCACCAUCUCGGUCGUGGGCUGCCAUUGCGCCGGCGAGGUUGGCGAUGUCAUUGUCGGUGGAGUUCUCAACCCACCAAACUGCAAGACCAUGUAUGAAAAGCUCCUCUAUUUCCAGAAUGAAGCAGACGACGUCCGACAACUCCUGAUGAACGAACCACGAGGCCGACCGGCCAUGUGCAUGAACCUCGUCCUCCCACCUUGCGACCCCCGCGCCGAUGCUGGGUUUAUUAUUAUGGAGAGUGAUGAGUAUCCGCCCAUGUCAGGCGGCAAUACGAUCUGCACGACGACGGUGCUGUUAGACACAGGGAUGGUGAAAAUGACGGAACCGGUGACGAAGCUGGUCCUCGACACCCCGUCGGGCUUGGUCGGGGUGACGGCUGAUUGUGAAGAUGGGAAAUGCAAAGCCGUGGCGUUCGAUAAUGUGCCCAGCUUUGUAUACAAAUUGGAUCUCCCGGUGCAGGUACCUGGCCUGGGGGUGGUGAAGGUUGAUAUUGCCUGGGGUGGGAUGCAUUAUGCCAUUGUGGAUGCUCGAUCCAUCGGUCUCAAAAUCGCCAAUGAGAAUGGUCCAAAGCUGAUCGAAAUUGGCGAGAGAAUCAAGCAGGCUGUGAGAGACACUUAUACACCGGUUCAUCCGGAAAACGACAAGAUCAGAGAGGUCACGAUUGUUGAGUUUACAGAGCCACUGCAUCAAGAAGAUGGCAAGCGAGUCGGGGUGAACACUGUGGUGGUCUCUCCAGGAAGGUUUGAUCGAUGUCCUUGCGGUACAGGAAGCUCGGCCAGGAUGGCCGUCCUGCACGCCAGGGGCGAGCUCCAGGUAGGGGAGAGCUUUGUCCACCAGAGCAUUAUCGGAUCCACAUUCACUUGCCAUAUACGAGGAACCACCACAGUCGGCCAAUAUGAAGCAGUCUUGCCAACGGUCAAGGGCAGUGCGUGGAUCACUGGCUUCAAGCAGAUGGUCUUGGACCCGUCCGAUCCUUUUCCGGCUGGCUUCCGGGUGGGUGAUCAGUGGCAUGUUCGUCAGGAGGCAUGACAAGUUUCUAGAGGAAAUGUACUGUCCAAGCGAUGGCUUGGAUUGGAAAGAUGCUAUUGUAAGCCUAGCAAAAGAGCCAUGACAGCUUACCUAGUAAGUGAGUGAGA